UCAUUCAUAGAAACGAGCCAAAUAGAAAGCAACAACAACAACAAGACAGAGUUCACGAAAAUCGUCCAAGCAAAAUCAAAAUCACGUCAAAAUAUCAGUCUCGACAAUGAAUGGGAAAAAAUAACGGUAAAUGUUGUGCUCGAAGUAAAUUAAGUCAUUCGAAGUUCAGCCAGCAUUCGGUGUGGGAGUGCAAAUGUGCAAUAAAAAAAGCUUUUUAAGGAGAAUUUUUUUGACGACGUCGUCGAUGAGUAAUAAAAGCGAGUUUUUCUGUGAUUCGUCGAGCAACCUGUAAAAAAAAUUUUUUUUUUUUUUUAAUUUUUUGUGAAAUAAUUUUUAAGCAAUGAUACCUGAAGAGCGUCAAACGUUCCUUGGAUUCGACUUAUCAACGCAAAAGUUGAAGGCGAUCCAGCUAAACGCGCAAUUGGAGGUCCUGGUGCAUGCCGAAGUGAAAUUCGACACAGAUUUGCCGGAAUUUCGCACAACGGGCGGCGUCAAUCAUGUGGGCCUCGACAAAAAACAGGAAUUUUUCGUGCAACCCGUGAUGUGGGUAAAAGCCUUGGACAUGGUAUUGGACCGUCUUGUUGUUCAGGGGGCGGAUUUGGGUACUGUCGUUGCUGUUUCAGGCAGUGCCCAGCAACAUGGGUCACUUUAUUGGACCCGACAUGGCAUUGAAACGCUAAAAAAACUCGAUCCCGAUAAAUUUCUGCACUGCCAGAUCGACGAUUCGGCCUUUGCGACAACUCGAACGCCCAUUUGGAUGGACAACAGCACCCAAAAGCAAUGCAUCGAGAUGGAAGAAGCGAUCGGGGGACGUCAUGUGAUGGUAGAAGUGACAGGUUCAAAGUGUUAUGCGCGUUUUACGGGACCCCAGAUACGAAAAAUGUACCAAAUGAGAGACGAGGCAUACAAACAUACCGAACGAAUAUCGCUCGUAAGCAGUUUUUUGGCUUCCAUGUUCCUCGGGGAUGUCGCGCCAAUCGAUUUUAGUGAUGCAAGUGGCAUGAAUCUCUUUGACAUUAACGAAAGGCGAUGGUCUGAUUUGUGUUUGAAUGCUUGUGCGCCGGAUUUGGGCGAAAAAUUGGGAGAUCCAGUACCAACUUCGACGGUUAUUGGCAAUAUUGGGACUUUUUUUGUGCAGAGAUAUGGUUUUCCGAGCGAUUGUCGGGUCAUUGCAUGUACGGGCGACAAUCCAAGUGCCUUAGCGGGAAUGGUAAUUGGCACAGAUUGGCUUGCCAUGUCACUCGGGACGUCAGAUACCAUCAUGAUGGGUCUCCAAAAGCCGCCGCAUCUCGACGAAGGACAUGUUUUGGUGCAUCCGACAGCCGAAGGGUUCAUGGGACUUUUAUGUUUUCGCAAUGGAUCACUUGUACGUGACAUUUUCAAGCGUUCCGAGGCAAAUAACAACUGGGAAUACUUCAGUGAGUUCCUGGAUUCGACGCCACGCGGCAAUUUUGGCAAUAUGGCGUUGCAUUUUCAGACAAAAGAAAUUAUCCCGGCAUGUAAAGGCGUUCUGCGAUGGAAUAAACUCAGUUCAAGUGACUCGGAAAUUUCCAUGAAAGGCGUUACAAAGUUCGGAAGUCCUCAAACCGAAGUCAGGGCCUUGAUUGAAGGACAAAUGUUGCAUCGAAAAGCCGUUGCGUCAGACAUGGGCUUCAGUUUUGGUGAAACUACAAAGAUUUUAGCGACGGGCGGUGCCUCUAACAACAAAUCCAUCCUUCAAGUCGUCUCGGAUGUCUUUAAUGCGCCGGUUUAUACGCAAAAAACGGCAGAAGCGGCGUUACAUGGCGCCGCCUUUCGUGCCGCAUAUGGACAUUAUAUGAUGACGAAGGCAGCAACGAUUAGCAAAGCGGGCGAUGAAAACGCAAAAAUUCUCACGUACCAUGAUUUUAUACUCAAUUUCGUGAUUAAGAACACGCAAAAAGUCUGUGAGCCGAGCAAAGAUGCCUUUGACGUUUAUGAGCCGAUGAUCGCACGAUAUCGCGAAAUGGUGAAUGUUCUGAUGAAGAUACAGGAUCAAGAUGGACAUUAAUUUAAAACAUUCCAUUAACUUAAAAAAAAAAACACAAAGUAGCAACUCUCAGGUCACAAAAAAAAAUUUAAAAAAAAAAGUUAACAAAUAUCUGAUGAUCAUAACCUCAAAUUGACCCACAUUGCGACUCGUGACUCCUUAUCAGUUCGUUAAACACGUGCGCGGUGCACUUUUUGACAGCUAAGAGCUUUUAUACUUACUUAAUGUUAAUUAAUUAGGUUGAGGCGAUAAGGAAAAAUGUUUCAUAAUACUUCAGAGAUUUUAAAAUUUUACGAAAUUUUUGCAUAAUUUUUUAGUUUGAAUUAGCUUAAAAGCGAUUUUCAAAUUUUUUAACUGUCAUAUUUUGAAUUGACAUUUACGAAUUUUUCUCGAAUUUUAAUUAAAAUUAUUCAAUCUACAAAAAAAUGUUAAAAAUUUUUAAUUUAAAUUUAAAUUUUUCCGAAAUUUUUC